AGGAACUAUGAUGUGGGAGACCGGGAGCUGUUGGCCAUUAAGUUGGCCCUGGAGGAAUGGAGACAUUGGCUGGAGGGAGCAGAGCACCCAGUUCUGGUCUGGACCGAUCAUAAGAACUUGUCCUACAUUCAGUCUGCCCGGAGGCUCAACCCACGUCAAUCACGCUGGUCACUGUUCUUCUCCCGGUUCAACCUCUCCGUCUCAUAUCGUCCAGGGUCUCGCAACAUCAAGCCUGACGCACUUUCCCGCCUUUACUCACCCGAUGAUUCCGAGAAGAUUCCGGCCACCAUUCUUCCCCCCAGCUGUACAGUCGCCACCGUUACCUGGGAGAUCGAAGACAUCAUUAGACAAGCUCAGAUAGCUGAACCUACACCCGCCUCCUGUCCACCCAAGAAGCUCUUCAUCCCCGUCUCAGUCCGAGCCCGUUUUCUUCGCUGGAUCCAUGCCUCCAAGUUCUCAGCACAUCCCGGAAUCAGCCGCACAAUCGCACUAGUCAACCGCAAGUUUUGGUGGCCAUCUGUUCAUAAAGAUGUCAGUGAAUACGUCCAAGCCUGCACCACCUGCUCCAGAAAUAAAACAUCUCAUCAACCUCCGUCUGGUUUCCUGCAACCUCUCCCCGUUCCCAAACGACCAUGGUCCCACAUAGCCAUAGAUUUUGUUACCGGCUUACCUCCUUCCAAGGGCAUGACCACCAUCCUCUCCAUCGUCGACCGUUUCUCCAAGGCCUGCCAUUUCGUUCCCCUCCGUAAAUUACCCACAGCUUUCCAAACCGCACAACUCCUGGUCAAGCACGUUUUCCGGCUCCAUGGCAUCCCAUGAGAGAUCCUUUCAGACCGAGGUCCCCAGUUCAUUUCCCAGGUUUGGAAAAGUUUCUGUUCUACUCUCAAUGCAUCUGUUUCUCUCACGUCCGGUUUUCAUCCCCAGACCAACGGUCAAACUGAACGGCUCAAUCAGGACCUUGAAACCACCCUCCGCUGCUUCACCUCCACCAACCCCUCCGACUGGUCCCGAUUCCUUCCUUGGGUGGAGUACGCUCACAACAGCCACGUUUCAGCAGCUACCGGUAUGUCCCCGUUUGAAGCAUCCAUUGGUUAUCAACCCCCUCUGCUACCCUCAGAGGAAGAGGAUAUUUCCGUCACGUCCGUCCGUCACCACAUUCGCCGUUGCCAUAAGAUUUGGAACACCAUCAUCCAUAACCUCAACCAAACAGCAGAACGUAAUAAGCGUCAGGCUGACCGUAAGCGGAGGCCCGCACCAUUAUACACCCCUGGUCAACAGGUAUGGCUCUCUUCACGCGACAUUCCCCUCAAAUCCAUUUCCAAGAAACUCUCUCCCCGCUAUAUUGGUCCGUUCCCCAUCGAAGCUGUAAUCAGUCCAUCUGCUGUUCGUCUCCGUCUGCCCGCCUCCCUCCGCGUCCAUCCCACCUUCCACGUGUCUCAGAUUAAGCCCGUCCAGACCAGUGCGCUCUGCCCUCCGGCCGAACCCCCUCCACCCCCCCGUGACAUUGAUGGUCAUCCUGCCUACACCGUCCGCCGGAUCGUGGACUCCCGUCGGCGAGGUCGCGGCUGGCAGUACCUCGUCGAUUGGGAGGGCUACGGUCCGGAGGAGCGUUCCUGGAUCCCUGGGUCGUUCAUCUUAGAUCGUUCCCUCAUCUCCGACUAUCGCUCCUCGUUGCCGUCCAGCUCUUCUAGGCCGCCAGGUGGCGACCGUUGAGGGGGGGGUACUGUUAUGUUCCGGGGUUCUCUGGUUCUCUUGGUGGGGUUUUCCUGUCCACCUCUUACCACCAGAUGGCGACAGGUUCCGGUUGGAGUGCGGUGGUGUCAUCAGCCACAGCUGUCAUCAAUUACCCUCAUCAGCGGAGCAUACUUAAGGAGUUGACCGCCAGUCCUGCGUCGCCUGAGUGUUUGCCAGUUACGGUGAUCCCUUUGACACUCUGGACCCGUGGACCAGAGCCUGGCAGCUUUCCUGGUUUCAGAACCACCCUCGUGACGCCGUGGAAGAUACCCACUGGUUGCCCGAGUUCCCAGACUCACCUCUCCGUUGUUUUGCAAGUAUCUCCUGGACCCCACAGCUGGCGGUCGAACCACUCCGCUGUGUCUCCGUUGCACCCAAGCCUACCUGUCCGUUCUCCGCCGCACUCCUCCGUUUGUUCCUGGACCCACUAAGAGACCGAGACCCUGGACAUACUCAGUUACCCUCCAAGAUUCAGAUCCAACCACCACCAAGUAAGAACAACCUGUGUUUCAUCUGAGUUUUCCAUAUUCCCACGACCCCUGAACUCACCAGUCUGCUUUUUCCCC